UGGGAGUUUGUAUGGCUGGAAAGACUGCAGUGGGGAUGAGGGGCUGGGUGAGUGUGUCUGAAAGUGUUUCUCGUGGUGCGGAGAUUACAGUUUGCGUUUCACUCCGUUUUGGAGCACUUUCCCUCGUUUAUGACGCGCAAUUUCUACUUUUUCUUCUUUAAAAAGUUGUGACUGACUGCUUUGGGAGUUGGUGGUUUUGGGGGAGAGACCGAACUGCUCUGCAAAAGUACCGUUAAGAUUCGAGGCAGUGCUUGUCAGGAUGGCUCAGUGGAACCAGUUGCAGCAGCUGGAGACCAGGUAUCUGGAGCAGCUCUACCACUUGUACAGUGACAGCUUUCCAAUGGAGCUGCGCCAGUUUCUUGCACCCUGGAUUGAAAGUCAAGACUGGGCCUAUGCAGCCAACAAAGAAUCCCACGCCACUCUGGUGUUCCACAACCUCCUGGGAGAAAUCGAUCAGCAGUACAGCCGUUUCCUCCAGGAGAACAACGUGCUCUACCAGCACAACCUGCGCAGGAUAAAACAGCAUCUGCAGAGCAAGUAUCUGGAGAAGCCGAUGGAAAUCGCCCGCAUCGUCGCCCGCUGUCUGUGGGAGGAGCAGCGGCUGCUGCAGACGGCCACGUCUACCUCACAGGACGGGUCAGCAGCUCAUCCCACCGGGACAGUCGUGACAGAGAAGCAGCAGAUUCUGGAGCACAACCUUCAAGACAUCAGAAAGCGCGUUCAGGACAUGGAACAGAAGAUGAAGAUGCUCGAAAACCUGCAAGACGACUUUGAUUUUAAUUACAAAACCCUGAAAAGCCAAGGAGAACUGAACCAAGACUUGAAUGGAAACAGCCAGGCAGCCGCCACAAGACAGAAGAUGGCCCAGCUGGAGCAGAUGUUGAGCGCUCUGGAUCAGCUCAGGAGGCAAAUCGUGACAGAAAUGGGAGGCCUGCUGACCGCCAUGGACUACGUACAGAAGAAUCUAACGGAUGAAGAACUGGCGGAUUGGAAGAGGAGACAGCAAAUCGCCUGCAUCGGAGGGCCACCAAACAUCUGCCUUGAUCGCCUGGAAACAUGGAUCACAUCCUUGGCCGAGUCCCAGCUCCAGAUCCGGCAGCAGAUCAAGAAGCUGGAGGAGCUCCAGCAGAAAGUGUCCUACAAAGGAGAUCCCAUCAUCCAGCACCGGCCCGCCCUGGAAGAGAAGAUUGUGGAUCUGUUCCGAAACCUCAUGAAAAGCGCCUUUGUGGUUGAGAGACAGCCUUGUAUGCCCAUGCAUCCAGACAGACCUUUGGUCAUUAAGACAGGAGUGCAGUUCACAAACAAAGUCAGGUUGCUGGUGAAGUUUCCUGAACUCAAUUACCAACUGAAAAUUAAAGUUUGCAUCGACAAGGAGUCUGGAGAUGUGGCGGCCAUUCGAGGAUCACGGAAGUUUAACAUCCUCGGCACCAACACAAAAGUCAUGAACAUGGAGGAAUCCAACAAUGGCAGCCUUUCUGCGGAGUUCAAGCAUCUGACCCUUAGAGAACAGAGGUGUGGGAACGGAGGACGGACCAACAGUGAUGCCUCGUUGAUUGUUACUGAGGAACUCCAUCUGAUCACAUUUGAGACAGAAGUCUAUCAUCAGGGAUUAAAGAUCGAUUUGGAGACUCACUCCCUACCUGUUGUCGUCAUUUCCAACAUCUGCCAAAUGCCCAACGCCUGGGCUUCUAUCCUGUGGUACAACAUGCUCACCAACCACCCAAAGAACGUAAACUUCUUCACUAAGCCUCCCGUGGGGAAUUGGGACCAGGUGGCUGAGGUGUUGAGCUGGCAGUUCUCCUCCACCACCAAGAGAGGCCUGACCAUUGAGCAGCUCACCACGCUGGCUGAGAAAUUACUCGGGCCUUGUGUCAACUAUUCCGGGUGUCAGAUCACAUGGGCCAAGUUCUGUAAGGAAAACAUGGCUGGCAAAGGCUUUUCCUUCUGGGUGUGGCUGGACAACAUUAUCGACCUGGUGAAGAAGUACAUCCUUGCGCUGUGGAACGAAGGAUACAUCAUGGGAUUCAUCAGUAAGGAGAGGGAGAGAGCCAUUCUGAGCCCCAAACCUCCCGGCACCUUUCUGCUGCGCUUCAGCGAGAGCAGCAAAGAGGGCGGCAUCACAUUCACAUGGGUGGAGAAAGACAUAAGCGGAAAGACCCAGAUCCAGUCGGUGGAGCCGUACACCAAGCAGCAGCUCAACAGCAUGUCCUUCGCUGACAUCAUCAUGGGUUACAAGAUCAUGGACGCCACCAACAUCCUGGUGUCACCUCUCGUCUACCUCUACCCCGACAUCCCCAAAGAGGAAGCUUUCGGGAAGUACUGCAGACCGGAAGCAGCUCAUGAACCUGAGGCGGGAGGAGAUUCAACAAACAUGACCCAGCCAUACUUGAAGACAAAGUUCAUCUGUGUUACCCCGUGUCCCUCCGUGUUCAUGGACUUGCCGGACAGUGAGCUGCUUGGGAACGGAUUCCCAGGCACAAACUCUGGAAACACCAGCGACCUGUUUCCUGUGAUGUCACCUCGCACCCUUGACUCCCUGAUGCACAAUGAGCCCGAAGCUAACUCGGGACAUUUAGAUUCCAUCACUUUGGACAUGGAUGUCGCUUCCCCCAUCUGAAAUUAACGUCCGCCUUUUCUUUCUCUGUGUUUUGGGAUCUUUCACCAUUUAAGGACUUUGAAAAGAUGCAUCUUCUCCUUGUGUUUGCAUCAUCCGCCUGUACAGUUUAUUUCUUGUUCUUAUGUAUAAUUCAUUUUCUUGAAGUACGGGGAAAAAACACACAUUUUAAAGGUUAUAUAUUCAAGUUGACUGUAGUUUUGUGUGUGAGACUGUUAGUUGACUUUGUGUUUAAUGUAACAUCUUGCAAUCAGUUUUAAGUACUUUAAAACCGUAGAGCAUCAAAAAAACUGUAUUUUUAAGAAUUAUAUAUUUGUUGGUUAUGAAUUUUUUAAAUGAAUAUAAAAUAUUUUCUUUUCGUUCAAUGGAAUAUGUCAUAAUUUGAGUUGUUAUAUAAGCUUUUUCUUUAUAAUUGUAGCAGUUUUAAUACAUUUUACUGUAUGUUUUAUAAAAUCCCUGCCAAAUGUUUGGUGUCUCCAUCCUGUUUUGAUCUCAUUUUAAACAAUCUGGUUCUUUACGGUUUUUGUUAGCAAGAAAUUGCUUUUUGAAGGGUUGUAAUGGACAAUAGGGAAAGGUCAAACGUCUUUAAUUUUCAUAUCUUUUUUUGAUGCAAUUUAAUACUUUUGGUUGCUCCUGAUUUAACUUUCUAUGAUCAAACAUGAAAUGUAAAUUGACUGUAUUGUUGUUCUAAUAUGGAUACGUUUUAGAAUGCACAUAGAAAACUGCAGUAUUUUUCUUUAAUCUUUCACACCAACAAGUAAAAUCUGUCAGAAAUGAAACCCAC